AUGUCUUAUCGGUAACACAUAGUGUAAAGCACAAAAGUAGCUUUUUUUUUUUUUCUCGUUCCGAUAUAACAUAAGCUGACAUGAUGCGCUCUUAUUGGCCGAAUGUAUCUGCGAUGGUGGUAUUGAAAAUAAAUCUUGGGAUUUCAAGAAGUGUUACAGUUUACUUCUAACCCAAGAUGGCAAAAAGGUAUGCAGUUGUGACUGGUGCAAAUAAGGGAAUUGGAUUGGAGAUAGUUAGACAGUUGGCUUCAGCUGGGAUCAAUGUAGUGCUUACUGCUAGAGAUGAGAAAAGGGGCUUUGAAGCUUUGGAAACACUCAAAGCCUCAGGUCUAUCUGACCUUGUAGUUUUUCAUCAGCUAGAUGUGGCUGAUGCUCAAAGUGUUGCUUCUCUUGCAGAUUUUGUCAAAUCCAAAUUUGGGAAACUUGAUAUUCUGGUUAACAAUGCAGGGAUUGGUGGAAUGGAAAUCAAAGACAAGGAUUUAUUCUCUCUAGCAGUAAUCAAACGUGGGGCAUUAUCUGAAGAUGAUAGGAGAAAGGCAAUGACUCAAACAUAUGAGUUAGCUGAAGAAUGCUUGCAAAUAAAUUAUUAUGGUUCUAAAAGAACAGCCGAAUCCCUUCUUCCCCUCCUCCAGUUAUCUGAUUCUCCAAGAAUUGUGAAUGUAUCAUCCUUCAUGGGGAAGUUAGAGUUUGUAUCAAAUGAAUGGGCUAAAGGAGUCUUCAGUGAUGCUGAUAACCUUACAGAAGAGAGAGUGGAUGAAGUAUUGAAGCAAUUUCUCAAAGAUUUUAAAGAAGGGUCAUUAGACAGCAAAGGGUGGCCUAAGUCUUUUAGUGCCUAUGUUAUAUCUAAAGCUGCUAUGAAUGCCUAUACAAGAAUUCUUGCUAAGAAAUACCCUGCUAUCUGCAUCAAUAGUGUUGACCCUGGUUAUGUCAAGACAGAUAUAACAGCCAAUACUGGCUUCUUAACUGUUGAAAAAGGUGCUUCUAGUCCUGUGAGGCUAGCACUACUUCCCAAUGGUGCUCAAUCUGGACUCUUCUAUCAAAGGAGUGAAGUCUCUCGCUUGUGAUUACUUUUUUUGUUUAAUUUUUAAUCCUAAGGUAUAAGGGUUUUAUAAAAGUUAUGUUGUAGGAAAAGUGAUUGUGUAAUGUUAUAGAGAUUCGUUUUGCGUGCCGUAGUUUUUUUUUCUUCAAAAAAUGUGGGCCCCACGAAAUGUUAUGUGUGUAGAAAACUUUGUUGUGUCAUGUUAAAUGACAAAUGCAAACCCCAAGCUAUAAUAGUGACAUCUUUUGCCUUGU